CCAUGUACUAUCUCUCCCACUUAGAACUUUUGAGCUGAACCCACAUCCGUUGAUCACGUGUUAGCUCAAAAACAAAACAGCAACUCGGAGCUGAAUUCUUCGAUUUAAAUUAAACUUUUAGUUUCAAAUUCAUCUUGUUUGCAUGCAGUCGAAAUAUUCAAAAUGUGCAAAAUAAAAAUCAACGCAGCUGUUUUAUUCAUAGUUCUUAAAAUGUUUUUGGUGGCCACAUCUGCCUUCGAAGAGACAUGUGAAUCCGAACGAGAAAUGGAAAAAAAGUGCCGGAUUCAUAAUUAUAAAACCGUGAAACCGUUGCUCGAUUAUUUUAGACAGGUUAGAAAUGAGUUAGAAGACAAAGAAAUUAAGGAAAAUAAGUUAAAUGAAUUGAAUUCUGAUCUUAUGGAAAAGUAUCAUGAAAUUGGGAGAAUUCAUGAAAAAUUUAUGAAGGAGGCAGCUCUAUUAGAUGAAUAUAAAAAAAAAGUACUUAAAGGAGAAAACGAUUUGCAAUCGUGUCAAAAUAAAGUUCAUAAAUUCGAAUCUGAAAUUAAUUCAAUACAAAAUAUUAUUGUGAAAUUAAAGGGAGAAUUAGCUAAUAAAUCCACCAACUUAGAACUUCGAUUCAAAAAACUUAAUUCUGGCUUCAUUGAAGAAGCUGAGAAAAUAAAAAGAUUUAGUGGGGAUAUUCAAAAUAUGACAAAGCAUCAGAAAACAAUUGACUUGAAAUUAGAAAACUGUAAAACUAAAUUAAUACAUCAAGAUAAAGAUAUUCAGUUAUGCCAAUCUGAAAUUGAUGCAUUGAACAGGACAUCAGAAAAUAUCAGAGAACAACAGAAAAAAAUUGAAUUGCAAUUCAAAGAUAGUCAAGCUAAGCUUAUAGAUAAAGUGAAAGAAAAUCAGUUAUGUCAAUCUGAAGUUGAUAAGUUAAGUCCCACUUCUUGCAUCCCUUUUAGAGAUUAUUCAGGAGUUCAUCAACUCAAUGUUUCUGGGAUAGGUUUCUUUGAUGUUUUAUGCGAUAGUCAGUUAGCUGGACCUGGAUGGAUUGUAAUACAACAACGAGUUGGAGGAAAUGAGAGUUUCAAUAGGGAUUGGGCAACGUAUCGCAAAGGUUUCGGUUCUUAUAGGAACGACUUCUUCCUCGGACUAGAGAAAAUACAUCGUAUCACGAGCUUGCAGCGUCACGAACUUUACAUACAUUUGGUUGCUCUGAAUGGAAUUAUCUACAACGCUCGCUAUGAUGACUUCAAAAUAUCUGAUGAAGACAGUGGAUAUAAACUGAGUUUGGGUAAAUUCAAUGGAACUAUUAAUGACGAUGAGAUGAGAGUCAGCGAAAACAUGAAAUUCACAACAUUCGAUCGCGACAACGACAAAUCUGAUGAUGGUAAUUGCGCAUUCUGGUAUAAAAGUGGCUGGUGGUACGACGAUUGCGCUAAUUGUAAUUUAAAUGGGCCAUAUGGAGUUGAUCUAUAUUGUUGGGUCGAAAAUAAUAUCGUAUAUCCUAAAGAAGCUAAGAUGCUAAUUCGCCCCAAAAGAAGCGAUAAAGAAGUGAGCUGAAAUUCCAUUAUUUGACUCAAUUAUGUAAUCACUUAUAUAUAAUUGGUGCAUUAAGAAAUUGCGAUCUGAAUAAAAAAACGGUCGUUUAU